AUGCUAUCUGUCAUCAGCUCCGUGUUUGAUCCUUUGGGUAUAGCAUCACCAUUUGUCCUGCCAGCAAGAAUACUGCUACAAUCAUUGUGCAAGAAGGAAAUAGGAUGGGACGACCAGAUUGGUGAAGAGAACACUCCGAGAUGGCAACAGUGGUUGGAGGAUUUAAAGUUGCCGGAUAUACUGUCUGUGCCCAGAUGUCUCAAGCCAAUAACCUUUGUCGACGUAGUUUCAUGCCAGCUACAUGUAUUUUCCGAUGCUUGCGCACAGGGAUACGGGAUAGCCGCAUAUGUUAGAUCAGUGAACACUGAUGCUGUUGCCAAUGUGGAACUUCUCAUGGGGAAGGCAAGGGUGGCACCCUUGAAGAAGGUUACUAUUCCAAGAAUGGAGCUCACGGUAGCUACCAUUGCUGUAAAAUUCGGAUACAUCAUCAUUCAAGAGAUGGAUUACAAGUUUGACCAGAUACGGUACUGGACCGAGAGUAUGUCUGUUUUAAGAUACAUUCAGAAUACAUCGAGUAGAUUUCACACGUUUGUGGCAAAUAGAUUGACGACAAUUCAUGAGGCUAGCAUCCCAGAGCAGUGGAGUUAUGUCCGUACAAAUCACAACCCAGCAGACAUGGCAUCCAGGGGACUUAUUUUCAAGAACCAAGGAGAUACCAAGAUGUGGUUGAAAGGGCCAGAGUUUCUACAAAAGGAGGAGUCUGCUUGGCCACAUACAGAUGUCACUAACAACAUAACAGAGGAUGACCCAGAGAUCAAGAAGACCAGUGCCGCAGCGGUAGUUGAGGACAGACUGGCCAGUGAGACAACAGUGGAUACAUUGUUCAAGCGCUUCUCGUCUUGGAGCAAAUUGAAGAGAAUUGUUGCAUGGAUUCUCAAGGGCAAAGGACAAUCUGCGACAACGUCUUAA